UAUAUAUUUAAAAAGAUCUUCAAUAUCAACGUCGAUAAAGUAUCUCGACGUGUUUCACAUCACCUUAAGCGCGGAGAGUGGGAAAGAGUUGGAAGGGGUCAGAUAAGUCGGUAAAGGAGAGAGCGAGAAAGAGGAAUAUAAGGAUAAGAUAGAGAGAUGGGGGAUAAGCAGGAGCGAGAGAGAGGGAACGUGGCCACAGUAGUGGCCAGUCAUGUAUAAUACUUUCCUCCAGAGACCGGUCUGGUCAUUCGGAAAGACCGCGUGCCUUGAAUCGAGUGUCGUCGGAGAAACGCCGUACGAAGACUCACAUAUCGUAAUCUCCCGUAAAAGAUAAACCGAUCGGGUAGUUAAUAAUCAAAGAGAAUAAUUUACCCCAAAAUAUCGGCAUCUUACAUCCUCGCGAGCGUGAGAAGUUCCGAAAUAAAGUUCCUCUCGGCGGAAAUCUGGUACGGGGUGAAGAGGCAGCCGCCAUCUUGGAAAAGCGUAGCCCUCUGUAGGUGCACCGAUUUCGGUUAAUUCUGACGUCUUUCGAGUUGCACAAGUGAAAAACUCGCCAGUAAAUAUCUCGAAAAGGUCCAGAAGGUGGAUUGUGUAAACCUGGAUAACCAAUCGAUACAUCCGCGCGGCUUAAAUCCUGCAAUUCCUGCGGACGUUUCGUAAUAAGCGGGGAUCGAGCAGUGCGCAGUAAGGUGCGCAGGAGAGCUAAACUCUUCGCGCAGAUGGUGGAUGGAAAACUUGAAAGUGAUCGAUGUCUUCCCGUUAAAGGUACAUUGACAUUCGGGAUUAAUCGAAGAUAAGCCGAUAAAUCGCCGAGGGCUUCUACGUCCACACGAAGCGACGUUAAAUAUUGGUAAUUCGAUAAUAUUCGAGGCCUUGGAGAAGAGCGAUUUUCGCGGGCCUCAUUUCGCAAGCGGCAUCUCAGGUGACGGCCUGCGCACGAGAUCUGCGCAGUAGCGCUUAAAACUGACGGAGGUGAGUCAGACGGUCGGAAGCGACUUUAACUUCGACAAAAGGAAAGGGAAAAAGAACCACGCCGACUCGUAAACACACCAGUUGGCACUUCUUGUACAUACAAUCUCUGGACUCCACGUAAGAAAUAAAAAGAACCACUUUCACAGGCUAACAUUUGUCGGAAUAAUUGUUACAGCCACGUGGUUAAGGAAACCUGCGCUCGGAAGCAGGAUCAGCUGAUGAAGAAAAUCCCAUAUCGAUUCGUAAACUAACUGGUAACUCGAUCUAAUCUAGUGCGACCUUGAAAUUUUUCCGACGCGAGAAGAAUUCUGACGUCCGCGCAUGAUCUACUGCGCAUAAGAGGCACGCAGUGUGACUAAACCUGGCGGGAGAAAACCAGGAGGGACUGUUCAAAUCUACGGGAACGAUCCCACCGGCUCUUGAACGACCUAACCUAACCUAACCUAACCUAACCUAACCUAACCUUCUAUUUUGUACAAAAAAUCUUCCUCCGCGGGGGAACGAUUUUCCUGUGCGCGCCAUCUUUCGCAAGAGGCGCGCGGGUGGUGGGUGCGCAUAAGUCCUGCGCAGAGGGGCUAAAAACGGUGCGGCGAGAAAUCGAGAGUGCCGCGAAUCGAUAUUAGCCGACUCGUCUCGCGGGAAAGGCAAACGCUUCGGCGGGACUCGCGUCGCAUCGUCGUACUUUGGCGGCCCGCGUCUGGGAGACCGCGUGUGGGCGCAUGUGUGCCUUCGCCUGCGUGUGUCUGUGCGUGCGCGCACACUUCGACCGCGUGAGCGCCUUCGAGUCCUGCGCGUUCGGCCUCAGCUCGAGCAGAGCUCUGCGGAGGACCCUAGAGGGAUCCAAACUGUGCAGCGCGCCACCGGACGAGGACCGGCCGGACGGGGAAACGAGGACGCCGUUCGUCCAGUGAAAAAUCGACCCGCUGAUCAUUCCUCGACGGUGAACUCGGUGCUAGACCCAAGAUAUGAAGAGAAGUUAAAAUCCGGCGGAAUAGGGACCAUCAGUUUUGGGAGUGGAUUUAUGAAAUCAAGAGAAGGUAAAAAAAGGUCAUAUAGGAAUCAUUAAUUCUGGGAGUGGAUUUCAGAAAUCAAGAGAAGGUGAAAAAAGAUCAUAUAGGAAUCAUUGAUUCUGGGAGUGGAUUUCAGAAAUCAAGAGAAGGUAAAAAAGGUCAUAUAGGAAUCAUUGAUUCUGGGACUAGAUUUUAGAAGUCAAAUGGAGAUAAGAACGCACCAGUGGGAAAGGAACCAUCAAUUUUGGGACUAGACUUCUAGAAUCAAGAGAAGAUAAGAUUACACGGGUGGAAAAGGAUCCAGCUUGUGGCUGGACUUCAGAAAUCAAGAGAAGAACGUACCGGUAGAAAAGGAACCAUCAAUUUUGGGACUAGACUUCAAAAAUCAAGAAAAGUUAAAAACGCACCGUGAAAAUCGCUGACUCCUCGACAUUGACUUCCUGGUAAACUUCGAUCCUAGGCUUCAGAAAUGAAGAAAAAUUAAGUCUGAUACAAGGGAAACCACCAAUCCUGUACAAAGAAGCUUGUUAAAAAAGCACGUGAUCGGUGGACGAAGAUUCCUGGACGCAUUGUUUCCGAGUUUUGUCAAUUAGAACAUCCGUGAAUAGCGUCCAGACAAGAUUGUAUCGGAUUUUGGAUACAUCCUUUCGUCGAAAGCAACAGCUGAUAUCGCCGAUUCCUUGACAUUCGCUUCAGGGAUAAGCUUGAAGAAUCGAAAAGUUGUUAACGCCCCGGUAUAUCAGCCUCUUCUUUGGCAACCGAACCCUGAUAAAAGCUAAUUAUUUUCGAGUUAUUUCUGAAUUUCAUCAGGUAGAAAUUCUGAAAAUAACGUUUAAACAGAAGUUUCGAGAGGUCCGAGUAUAUGCGAAAGGUAGAGGCUUGUUUGAGAGUUUGACUGCCUAGAAGGACGAGGACAAUAACAGCCUGCUGAAAUUCCCGAUUCUAGGUCGUGGUACUCGGUACACGUACUUUGAGAGGAUAUAUUUCAGCGAUAGCUGAAAGUUCCUCCAGUACUUGAAACCGGAAGUCUGGAACACGGUGACGAAUUUUGGUUACACGGGACACCAACGUACGGAUGUCGGGCCGAAAAAGUUAGGACGCGAAGAGUUGUUUGGACCUUCCGGACCUUCUGGGAGCAAACACUUAGAAGGUAAACACUUCGGAACGACGCGAGGAAGGAAACGAGACGUCUAACUUGCACGCUACGAAGAAGAGCCACCAGGGAAAUCCAUACACGAGAGCCCCCCUCGACUCUAAAUCGGGAACCAGGAAAUCCAACCCGAGUAAACGUGCAAAGUGCUGAUCAAGAAAUCCGGUAGGCGAGGAACUUCUACAAAGAGCUGACCUCCAUCAACGCGAACAUCAUUGGGGACCUAGAAGACCUUUAAAAGCUUCGAACUGGUUCCAAAGAGCUGACCUCCAUCAACGCGAACCUGAACAACCUUCGCUGGUAUUAGCGGCAAUUUGCGUAGCUGAUAGAAGUAGAGGAAUCAGCUGCUGAAAACAAACUCGAAGUGUCGAUCAGUUAGGGGUUCUGGAGAUCAUCGAGGACCUAGAAGACUUUUAAAAGCUUCGAACUGAUUCCAAAGAGCUGACCUCCAUCUACGAGAACCUGAACAACCUUCCCUGGUUUUAGCGGAAAUUCGCGGAGCUAAUAGAAGACCUAGAAGACCUUUAAUCAUGGCUGCUGUCAUGAACGUUCCCAAUGUUACCCAAUUGACGAUGGAGUCGAUCGAGCGAGCCGUCGAAGGUGGUCUCGAAGGCAACCUGACGCUCGUCCAGGUCGUCUCCGAAAUGGUUCAGGAAUUGGAGAACAAGAGGGAGAUGACUGAAGCUGAAUACGAACAGUUCCUGGCUGACGUUUGGGUGGGAGUGGUGCUGACCCUAAUGGUCCUCAGCUGUGUUUGCUGCAUGUGUUCCUGUCUUCUUUACCACAAAUUUCAACAGUGGAAACGCCAUGUUAUGGAGAGAAGAGCAGCCGCGGCGAGGGACCCUGAAGGCCGAGGUGUGGACAACGAAAGUCUUCCAUCCUACACUUUGGUGUCCGGACUACCGAGUUACGACGAGGCCCUGGAACAGCUGAAAGUGAUUCAUGCGAUGGGACUGAACUUGAACGGCAACUGCAGCGAGACCAAGUGCAUGGAGGCCGGACCACAGAGCACAGCAUCCGAGAUGGACCACUCACCGGCAUGUGGGAGGAACAUGUCGCGACUGUCGGUCGCAGAGUUCCUCCAAAUCUACAAGAUGCAGUCCCAGGUCCACGACCAGCAGCUGGCCAUAGCCAUUCCUCAGGUCGCGAUAGCCAUUCCUCAGGAGAGUGCGAAGGUCUAACGAUUCCUGCAUCUAUGUUGAUGACAAUUCAGUCCUACGGGAGAUGGUCAUCAGCAUCGGGACGCGUACAUGGCAAUUAGCUUGGUACAUGGCUUACCGAUGGACACUGGAAGCUCCACUACUGGAUGAUCGUUGUCAACGUUGUGACGCACAAAAAUGAGUAAUCCAGAAAGUGAAGUCAUGCAGUGGACUUAUGCCAGGGUACUCAUCCACUGGGUGAUCGUCGAUAUUGAAACAAUCCACGGCUGCUGGUACCAUCGUGGGAAUUAUGCCAGCGUUUAAUCUAGCUAGUCCAGCAUCCCAAAGCCAGGACCAAUGAAUGGGUCUAUCAAAGAUAGGGAAAGAUUAAAAUCGGAUGUUUUCCUGUCCAGGUCCAGUUUUAUGAACGUCACGUCCAAAGACACUUUGUUGUCCACACCCUUGGGGUUACAUCUAGACAUUGACGAUGAUGAACAAAAAACCGUGGACCAUAAUGCCGACAUUUUACUCUAAGUGUUUGGUUCUAUGACGACGCAUCGAUUCGAUGCGUAGACAAAGUUAAUCCAGGACGAUUUUAACAAAUAAUUACGGAUGACGCUUAAAUGUUCGCGGCUCUAGGAAUAAACAAAUCGAGAAGACGGACAAUGUCGUUUGUACUAAACACGUAGGCUAGGUAGAAUUCUUAUUUCCAAAGCGACAGACUAGUAGGUGCAGUGGAGUUAAGUUGUAAAAAGUAGUUAAACAAUGAAGUUUGACUUUCCAAUCUACUGUGUUGUCGUUGUCGGACGUCGGUAAAGAAGAUUUUUUUCUAAAUACCUACGUAGCCGACGUUGGUUUUUAUAUUGACAUAUGUGUCGAAUUAUAUUGGGUAUUGCACUAAAUGGCAUACUCCACCUGUCGUUUUAUCGCGUUAAGAGUCUAUUUAUUCCACACCAGGGCUCUGCCACGAUUCGAAAUAAACUUCGCGGAACAUAUUCGAAGUCCACUUAUCGCCAGGGUCGGUGACGUAUUUAUUGUCCAAUGAACGUCGUUCUUAACGCGAACUAAAUUCCCGACCUUUGCGACGAAUAGCACAUAAUAUGCGGUAAUGCCUUUUCCUCCUUCCUGUACUUACCAUUAUUGCCGUUACUCGUUAAUACCGAUUUUCCACGGAUUUUCUAAUACGGAAUGGUGGAGUUCCUCAACUCUCGGAAGCAGUUCGAGAAUUUCGAGCCACGGACUGAUUACUGGGACGAAACUAACCUUUAACACAUUCGCGAACCGCUGACGUGAAUUCACGUCUUCUCAACUUCUAUUCCUGGUUGCCGCUGACGUGAAUUCACGUCGUCUUAAAUUUUAUUCCUGAUUGCCGCUGACGUGAAUUCACGUCCAUGACGACACACGAUUGAUGUUUACGGCAACCAGUUUCAGAAUUUCAUUAUUUUCGCCGGUACUCAGUAUUUGAAUAUUAAUAUUGACUCUCGUUGCAACAACUGUUGAGCAGAAGACGCGUCCUUCGAGAGGAAAAAUUAAACAAUUCCACAAUUAGCGGUAGUUUGAAUGAUCGCCAUGUUGAUUUUGAUCAUUGUAUAUUCUUUCGUUUUUCUGUGAGUAAGAGGUGUGUCGUUUUUUCUUCCUAAGGUUAAGACUCGAAAUGACGUCCCCGCGACGUAAAAAUGUGAUAUUAUAUUAUAUUUCUAGAGUAUUGAGUUAGUUAACGACUAUUAUAUUGUAACAUUAUUGUAACAUCGAGUUAAACGACAUCCUAAUUAAGUUGACAAUACUGUAGCAAUCAAAAGAAAGUUGGAAAAACAAAAUCGCCAUUCCCUCGGUAUGUGUUACAUCGUUAAACAACCCUUACUAUCCAGCGGGUGUAUUUUCUAUUGAAAUCAUGGAUCUUUUGAAUAAAUAUUCUAUUAAGAAACGAAA